GCUCCGGCGCUCCCGAAAGCUCGCGGUUGCUCCGAAGCGGCGCGCGCGUCGGCGGUCCUCGCUGGCUCCGUUUACCUGAGGGACCCGUGGCCGCCCCCGGCCGGCGCUGAACCCCCCAUUGGAGCCCGGCCCCGAGAUGUGAGUUCAUUGUUGGUGUACGGAAACACAGAUUUUUGUAUAUUGAUUUUGUAUCCUGCAACGUCACUGAACUCAUCAAAGAUUUUGAGAGGAAAUUAAUUUCUUUCAUUAAAAAAUACUUCUCAGAUAUUUCAAUCAGAGGAAGAAAUAGCUCUUCUCCUAAGAUGGAAUCUGUUGUUUGGGAAUGUGGUUGAUCAACUUGAUAUGUUGGCCAAAUGUGCCCUAUGUAAUAAAAUGAAAAGAAGAGACAAGAUGAUGUCAUUUUCCCGUAUUGUGAAACCAAAAACAAAUGCCUUUUGUGAGAUCAAGCUAACAAACCUCUGACGGUGCAAAGAGUAUUUAACUGUUUGAAGAACUUAACAGUAAGAUAUAGAAGAAAAACUUUCAAGCUGAGACCUGCAGGUGUAUAAAGAUCUAAAAUACAUAUUGAGUAGGCCUCAUCAUCCGAAUCUCAUUCAGAUCCAGGAAGGAUGGCUAUGAGUUGGAUUGUCUUCUACAUUUGGCCCUUGACUAUAUUUGUGGGGCAUAUAGGUGGGCACAGUUUGUUUUCUUGCGAACCUAUUACCUUGAGGAUGUGCCAAGAUUUGCCUUAUAAUACUACCUUCAUGCCUAAUCUUCUGAAUCACUAUGACCAACAGACAGCUGCUUUAGCAAUGGAGCCAUUCCACCCAAUGGUGAAUCUGGAUUGUUCUCGGGAUUUUCGGCCAUUUCUUUGUGCACUCUAUGCUCCUAUUUGUAUGGAAUAUGGACGUGUCACACUUCCCUGUCGUAGGCUGUGUCAGCGGGCUUACAGUGAGUGUUCGGAGCUCAUGGAGAUGUUUGGUGUUCCUUGGCCUGAAGAUAUGGAAUGCAGUAGGUUCCCAGAUUGUGAUGAGCCAUAUCCUCGACUUGUGGAUCUGAAUUUAGCUGGUGAUCCUACUGAAGGAGCUCCAGUGGCAGUGCAGAGGGACUAUGGUUUUUGGUGUCCUCGAGAAUUGAAAAUUGAUCCUGAUCUUGGUUAUUCUUUUUUACACGUGCGUGAUUGUUCACCUCCUUGUCCAAAUAUGUACUUUAGGAGAGAAGAACUUUCAUUUGCUCGAUACUUCAUAGGAUUGAUUUCAAUCAUUUGCCUCUCUGCCACGUUGUUUACUUUUUUAACUUUUUUGAUUGAUGUCACAAGAUUCCGUUAUCCUGAAAGACCUAUUAUAUUUUAUGCAGUCUGCUACAUGAUGGUGUCAUUAAUUUUCUUCAUUGGGUUUUUGCUUGAGGACCGAGUAGCCUGCAAUGCAUCUAGCCCUUCACAGUAUAAGGCUUCCACAGUGACUCAAGGAUCUCAUAAUAAAGCCUGUACCAUGCUUUUUAUGGUACUCUAUUUUUUUACUAUGGCUGGCAGUGUUUGGUGGGUAAUUCUUACCAUCACAUGGUUCUUGGCAGCUGUGCCAAAGUGGGGUAGUGAAGCUAUUGAGAAGAAAGCAUUGCUAUUUCAUGCCAGUGCAUGGGGCAUCCCCGGAACUCUAACUAUCAUCCUUUUAGCGAUGAAUAAAAUUGAAGGUGACAAUAUCAGUGGCGUGUGUUUUGUUGGCCUCUACGAUGUUGAUGCAUUGAGAUAUUUUGUUCUUGCUCCCCUCUGCCUGUAUGUGGUAGUUGGAGUUUCUCUCCUGUUAGCUGGCAUUAUAUCCUUAAACAGAGUUCGAAUUGAAAUUCCAUUAGAAAAGGAGAACCAAGAUAAAUUGGUGAAGUUUAUGAUCCGGAUUGGUGUUUUCAGCAUUCUCUAUCUCGUACCACUCUUGGUUGUAAUUGGAUGCUACUUUUAUGAGCAAGCUUACCGUGGCAUCUGGGAAACAACAUGGAUACAAGAACGCUGCAGAGAAUAUCACAUUCCAUGUCCAUAUCAGGUUACUCAAAUGAGUCGUCCAGACCUGAUUCUCUUUCUGAUGAAAUACCUGAUGGCUCUCAUAGUUGGUAUUCCCUCCAUUUUUUGGGUUGGAAGCAAAAAGACAUGCUUUGAAUGGGCCAGUUUUUUUCAUGGUCGUAGGAAAAAAGAGAUAGUGAAUGAGAGCCGACAGGUACUACAGGAACCUGAUUUUGCUCAGUCUCUCCUGAGGGAUCCAAAUACUCCUAUUAUAAGAAAAUCAAGGGGAACUUCCACUCAAGGAACAUCCACACAUGCUUCUUCAACCCAGCUUGCUAUGGUGGAUGAUCAGAGAAGCAAAGCAGGGAGUGUCCACAGCAAAGUAAGCAGCUACCAUGGCAGUCUCCACAGAUCCCGUGAUGGCAGGUAUACGCCCUGCAGUUACAGAGGAAUGGAAGAGAGGCUCCCUCAUGGCAGCACAUCACGACUGACCGAUCACUCCAGACACAGUAGUUCUCAUCGGCUCAAUGAACAGUCACGGCAUAGCAGCAUCAGAGAUCUCAGUAGUAAUCCUAUGACUCACAUCACACAUGGUACCAGCAUGAAUCGGGUUAUUGAAGAAGAUGGAACCAGUGCUUAAAUUGUCCUAAGAUGGAGAACUUGUGCUGUUUAAAAAGCAGAUUUUAUUCUUUGCCUUUGCAUGACUGAUUGCUGUAACUCAACCGUUACCAUGCUUUCAGUCAGGUGCAGAUUGUGUCCAUUGGGAAAGUAAAUUUUUGCUUUUUAUAUUGCAUCAACCUUAGAACAUCAAGGCAUCAAAAAUGCUAAUAAUUAUGUCAUCACAUAAAUAAUUCUUAUUUCUAGGUUAUGAAGAGAUUAUUUGUCUGGUAAGCAUUUUUAUAAACCUACUUAUUUUAUAUUUAGAAAAAUCCUAAAUGUGUGGUGACUGCUUUGUAGCAAACUUUCAUAUGAUAUCAACUAGUUGUGAGAUAACAUUCUGGUAGUUGUAUUAAUAAAACAAAAUUUCAGAAUUAAGGAAAUUUUCUAUGCAAGGUUUAUUUCUCAGAUGAAUAGUUGGACUUUGUAGUUUUCUUUCCACUAAGUGAAAAAGAACUGUGUUUUUAAACUGUAGGAGAAUUUGAUAAAUCAGCAAGGGUAUUUUAGCUAAUAAGAUAUAAGAUCAACAGAAGAAACUGAAUAGUCUAUUGAAGGCUCUUUUAAAAUUCUAUCAAAAUAAUCUUCAUCCUGAGACACACAGGAUUAGGAUUAGCAAUGGAAUAAAAACAGAGAUGGAUCUUUUUUCCCCUGUGAUUGUGCUGUCUUUAUUACUUUUGUAAAUAUUACUUUUACUGGCUGUGUUUUUAUAACUUAACCAUAUGCAUGGUGGAAAAAGUUUAAUUUGUAGCCACCUUUUUCCAUGUAGUAGUAUUGAUUCAUAGAGAACUUCAUGUUCAGAUCUGUUCCGUGGAGGCAUGUAAUAAGAUAAGCAUCACACAUUAUAAGCUUUUUUUGUGGGAACCACAAUUACAAAAUGGCAAAAUGUUUUCUCUACAUUCAUUGUUGUAUUUUUCUACAGUGAGAUGUGAUCUUGCCAAAGCCACCAGGCCCCUCCUAACAGUGAGUUGAUUGUGUGCAUUUGCAUUGCCUAGGAGCCACUAGACUACAGCUUUCUGCCCCCACAUUCUUAUUUUCAGAUUCUGGAUCAUUCUUUCCUUACAGUUGAAAUAUAUAUAACUUAAGUCCAAAGUGGUGAUUAAUUUGAGGUAUUUGGAAACCAUUGUAACUAAAUGAAGCAUGAUUAGUCUUGCUGUGAAGUAUCUUUUAGUCUUACCAAUAUCAAUUCAAAAAUGUUUGACAUUCUGUUGUGUAAUGUUUAAAUAAUUUACAAUAAAACCGUGAACUUUAUUAGGCAUGAAAUUGAUCAGAAGGGAAAGAAACAUUCUGGAAAAUGGUGGAUGUGUUUUAUAGUAAAGUGUAUUUAAACAAGUGGUCCUCAGCCUUAACUAGACAAGAAUCACUUGGGGAACCUCUGAUGCCCAACACCUUCCUCUCUUUCAGAGGAGAAUUUGUAGGGUUUUUUUUUUUUUUUUUAAGUUUUCUAUGUUUUAUUCUAAUCUGCAGCCAGACUUCAGGUUGUUUUGAACUAACUUGCCCCCUGAUAGUGAUCUGAUGGCAUCAUAUGAUAUCACAUGAAUAUCUAGGCGGACUCAAUUUUGUGCUUUUAUAUAUCAUUACCUGAUAUGCAAUUGUUCUCCACUUUAUUUUCCAUUAUAAAAUGUGGAAUCUGGGGCCCCACUCCUAAAGUUUCUUAUUCAGUAAGUCAAAGGUGGUAGGACUUUAAAACCUGAGUUCUAAAAAUAUCACACGUAAUUCUUAAUGCAGGUAAUGCAAGAAUCAUACUUUGAAAAAUGUUCUAGACUCUAGAGAGGCCUGGCUUUGCCAUAUGCCAGUUUUUUACCUUUAACAAGUAAACUGCUCUGAGCCUCAGUUCCCUUGUUUAUAAAUGAAGAUAGAGGAGAAGUACCUACCUCACAAAGUUGUCGAAUAGGGAUCAAAUGAAAAAUCAUACAAAAGCUCUUUGAAAACUGUAAAGCAUUAUGAAAUAUAAAGGAUUAAGAUUAAGGAUUUAAGAGAUUUGAGGGCUACUAUUGUACAUUCCUUGACAUGUGUUUAAUUUAUGUGUACUUUUUUCUCUCUCCUUUAAAACAAAAAUACCAAGAAAUUAGGUGUUGAAAAAAAGGCUUCAUCAUGCAAAAAAAGUCAGUUUUCUGAUAAUAAUUUGUAUAUCAUAUUUCUUUCAAAGUACAUAUAUCUUAUUGUUUAUUAUUGACUCUUUAUAGGACAUAUUUGAACAUUUAGCCCCAAAGUGUUUUUCUUUUUCCUCUGUCUUUAUUGUCUUUCUCCUUGGAGCUGGAGUUCGUACUCAAGAUACGCAGAAUUUGAAAUUCCCUCAUAACUGACAAUUAGUAAACCGUUUCUCUGAAGGCCAGACUUAGAACAACUCGUUUAUACAAUAAAUCAAUAAUUCAUAAGGCUUUUUUCUGAGAAUCUCUCCUGAGAACAGCAUGAGAAGACCAAAACAAACAUUCAGAAACAAAAAUAAGAAGUUAAAAUAGAAGGUACCAGUUUGAGCUCAAAGAUGUUGUCAUCCAUCGCCAUCUGCAUUAUAUUAUCAAUUGCCAAAAUGUUAAUUGAUUUUCUUGUGCAAGUAGGCCAAGUGUAGACAGUUAAGUGCACAUCCCUAUGAAAAUCUUAAUUUUUGUGCUUCCUGAUUUUUAUAUAUUCAUUUCUCUUGUUUGUUAAACUCCCUGUUGGCAUAUAUGUAAAUGCUAUAUUGAUCUUUCAUUUACUUUCAGUAUCUUAAUUUUGCUCCAUGAAAUUUACUUAAUAUCAUCAGUCCCUUGUUUUAAAUAACAGUAUUUAGUUUGGGUCAGGUUAUUUAUCAAACUGGUGCUUUAAAUUAAGAAAUAUUUUUAAGAAACUGUUAAAGAACUAUAGCAAACCAGCAAUUUCAAAGUCUCAGUUCCCUUAAACCAACUUGAACAAGUCGAGACAGCUUUCUUACCAUAUGUUUAACUUUAAUUUGUGUUUUGAUUGGCAUGUGAUAAUGUUUAGUAUUUUAUUUGUUCAGCUGACAACUGCGAAAAUAAUAGUUUCUCUAAGAUGUUAAUAUAUAAUCAAGAGCUUUCAAAAAGUACUUUGAUUUUAGCAAUACUGUAUUUAAUUUAUUCAAUAAUUAAAGCAAAAGAUCAUACUAAGCUCAAAACAAUAAUUGGUUUGAAAGAACAAUUGAUUAAUAACAACUAGCACAGGGCUAAGUACAGAGUAGGUUUUUCAACAAAUAUUUACGAAUGAACAACUCAUGUUAUGCAACUCACAUUUACCCUUAGUAGUGAGAAUCUCACCUCAAAGGAAUUUGAAGUAUCUAAAUUUAAACUGAAUGAAAUGAAGUCUCUGCUUUACCAGAAUAACAUGUGGCAAGUAAUAAAUACAUAACUUACACAAGAAAUAUUUACAUAAGCUUGUACCAAAACUUGAUAUUAAUUUUAAAAGGUGAACACCAAUUCUUAGAAGUAUUUAAGCUCUUGUUGCUUUAUGUGAAGUUAAAUCUUUGUAUACUAGUUGGGUAAACAAAUAUUCAAGUAAACCUUUGUUAGUAGUGAUUUUCUUUUUCUGCUGCUUCUUAGAGCAAAUGUAUGAAAAUUCUAAAAAUCUUUUUAAAUUAGAAAAAUUUCCUACAUUUUAGCCUACCUCAUUAGUUUCUUUGUGAUAAGAGCUGGAUAUAACAAAUUAUACCUAUCUUAGUUGAGGCUAUAUCCCUGUGAUGUAAAAGGAACUACUUAAAAUGUUUUUAGAAAAUGGUGGCCAGAGCUUAGAAAACAGUAACAGACCAAAAUUUCAUUAUGAUGAUAUUUGUACUGCUUUUGACAUGCCAGAGGUAUAUUCCUGUAUUAUCACUUGGAUGAUUUUCAUCAUCUAGUGCAGUGCAAAUCCCUUUAGGCUUGGAAUUCAGAGACUCAUAAUUAUGAUGUGAACAGGACAGGUCAUUUAGUCUCAAUUUCUUCAGUGUAAAAUGAGGAUAAGUUAAUUGUUGAGCCCCAAACCUACCUCACUGGACUUUGGUUGUAAGGAACAAAUGAGAUAACAUGAAUUAUCAUGCUCUCUAACCUAUAAACUGCUCUGAUAUUAUUUGUUUUUGUUAGAAUUUGGGGGUUGUAGAAAACAAGGAUAUGGUCUUCAGUAGUAUUUAGCAACAACAACAAAAUAGGCAAUUAGACCAGUACAAUCUUGAUACAAUUUGGUACAAUCUUUAAAUCAACAACCCAAUUAACUUUUUGAAAAUGAGGUUCUUUUUCAAGAGUAGGUAUGUCCUGAAACUGUGCUAGCUCUUGAGUAUAUAUAUAGCCAGUGUGUGCUCUCAAAUUGUAUACAAUUAAAUUUGCAGGUCAAUCUCAACAGCAAGUUUGAGAUCUCCAUUAUAUUAUUCUUUUGAUGGAAUUAUGUAAGUACAUGAGCUUGACUUCACUGAAACUUGUAAGAAAAAUACAAAGAAGAGUGUAGGCCCUUUAACUUUUCUUUGAGGACUUUCAUGUGCCUAUUUCUUUCUGAUUAAGAACAAGUUUUAAAAAGGUAAUAGCUGUAACUUGCUGAUAUUCAUCAUGGCAAAACUUGAAAUUUUAAGUUAUUUAAAAUUAUCUUAAUUGUAUGUUUGUAUAUAUAAUUUUUUUAAGCCUACACAAAGUAAGGAUUUCUCCAUUCUUUUCCGCACAUCAACACACAAAAGAGCAUUUUUAUGGAACCUAGAUUUACCAAGGAACUCAUGCUUCUUUUAAUUUCUUUUAUACCUUUUUACAACUGACUAAAAUAAGAAAAAGUGUUUAUAUUCAUUUAUUUCCUAGUAGCCACAUUUAUACAUUAUUCUUGUAUCAUUUCUAUUUUAUAUGAAAAGAAUUAUGUUGACAUCUCUUCAUAAUUUAACUAAUUCUCUUCUCUUUUUGUUCCAGUUGUAUGGGUUUAGGGAAAGGAAUAGGGAGACUAGGCAUCCCGUACCCUUCAUCUGACUGUAAACAGUCUCCUGGGAUUUUUUUCUAAUUUAAUUUUAAUCCUAUGCUUCUUUAGUAGUCAAACUGAAAUAGGAUUGUAAUUUUCUCCCAGGAUCCAAAAUCUUCUAGGAUAGAAAAUACUAAGGUCUACCUAAAACCAGCCAUUUCUUAGACAUUUCUAUUGGAUUCACAAAGAUGUAAUAUACUAAGUUAAUAAGCAUAUUUCCUAUUCUGUGAUCUCUAAUUAGAAAGUAAAAUUUUGUUGCCAUAAAGAUAAAAGAAAGUAAAGUUUCACUUAUAUUUUAGUCAAAUCCCACAGCAGUACAACAUUACAUCCUAUAAAAGAAAGUAGUUCCAUCUAUAUAAAUGCAUUAAAGAAUAGUUCCCUUCAGAUUAUUAUUUUUUUAAUAAUUAUUUAUCUCAGGAAAUCUAUUAUGUCCUUUCUUGGACAUUUUCAUUGGUAUGCUAGCAUUGCUGUUAAUUUAUUUUCAUUUUAUUGGCUACUGUUACCAGUUUUUCCUGAUAAAUAAGUUUUUUACCUUGUAAUAAUUCAUUUUUUUGAAGAUUCGGUGUUCCAUUAUUUUGAUGAUUACCAUUUACUAGUAAUAUUAGUAUUUAUAAGACAGUGAUAUUUUUAAACUUAUUAUUUUAUAUUUCCUGAAGUAGGGUGAACUACUUUAUUGUUGUUGUAGCCCUGGUGUUUUUGUUGUAUGUCACCUUGUUUAUAUUGCUAACUUGCAAAUAUUUCUUUGUCUUGUGCUUAUUGACUUAAAAAGCUUUAGAGCUUCAUAAUUUUCUCUUUUCAGAAUUGGCAGAUUUCUUUCCCUAAUGCUUAGUAAAAAUACAUUAUGUUAUUUUUUAAAUACCACAGAAUUUUGAGUCAGGAGACCUGGUUUCUAGUAUUGCCUCUGUUUUCAGUGAGCUUUGUAACUAGAAUUUUACCUCUUGGGACCUCAGGUUUUAUCAUCUGUGAAUAGAUGUGAAGAAACAGGGGACUAGUUUAGGUAGUGUCUCAAAUUCCACCUGCCUGUAAUUUGGGUGUCGCUUGACCAUUUUGUAAUCAUUAUUCUGGCUUACUUUUAUUCUUGUUAUUCUUCCCAUGAACUAUAUUUACUAGUUCCGCCUGUACUGUUAAUGAAAUCUAUGCUUAAAUUGCUAGGAUUCAGGUAUGUUAUUAACUUUGUUUUCCACUUAUAAUUUUGAGUAAUUUUAAGGAGGAAAUUAUAUUACAGAUAAUAAAAAUAAAAGAAAGGUUACAAAUAA